UGCGCACCACGCAACCAACCAAGUGAAGCGCGGACAUGAUCGAUUUGUUGCAGGAAACGCGGCGAGCUUCAAACCAGAUUGGAAUACAAACAUAACACUCUCAUUGACAGUUGGAGCAAACAUAGCUAGCAAGUUUAUUUUCCACACAUAAUCAUUGAACAUUUAGGCGAACAUACUUGAAAACAACAGCUUUUGCAAACAGGAAUAGUAAUGUCCAUCGUGACAGUACAACUUGGACAAUGUGGCAACCAGGUAGGCCAAGAGUUGUUCGAGGUGAUCAGCAAUGAUGCAAAUGAUACGCAAAGAAAGGUUUACAGUGAAUGCAGCAGUGAGCGGUUCUUCAAUGAGACUGCAAAUAGAGAACUCGUGGCAAGGUCAGUGCUGAUUGACAUGGAACCCAAAGUCAUCUCGCAGAGUAUUGCAAAGACUGCCAAAUCUGGGAAGUGGAGAUAUGGGGACCGUUCACACUUCAGUCAGAAACAGGGUUCUGGAAACAACUGGGCAAAUGGAUACUGUGUCCAUGGACCACGUCAUGAGGAGGUAGUGAUGGACAUUGUGAGGAGGGAGGUGGAGCACUGUGACUGUCUGGCAGGAAUCAUGGCCAUGAUGAGUGUGGCAGGGGGCACAGGGUCAGGGGUGGGCACAUACGUUACUCAGUGUCUCCGGGACGAAUACCCAAACUCCUUCAUCCUCAAUCACCUGACAUGGCCCUAUGGCACUGGAGAGGUGAUAGUCCAGAACUACAACUCUGUGCUCACACUGUCACACCUCUACCAACUCUCAGAUGCCAUCCUGGUUCACGAAAAUGACACGGUUCACAAGAUCUGUGCCCAGCUCAUGAAUAUCAAACACAUAUCAUUCAGGGACGUCAACAAAGUCAUCGCCCACCAGCUAGGGAGUGUUCUGCAGCCUGCACUCACUGGUGACUCCCAUGGUGUCUACAAUAGAAACCCCAUAGGUGAACUGAUGAGCAGCCUGGUAUGUCACCCAGAGUACAAGCUUCUCAGCGUGUGCAACAUUCCCCAGGUGUCCAGCUCCUCUAUGGCUUACAGCAUGUUCACCUGGCCGGGCCUGCUCAAACACCUUCGUCAGAUGCUCAUUGCCAACUCCAAAAUGGAGGAAGGCAUCGACUGGCAGGUGCGAGCCCCUUCUCUCCAGCCCGAAGGGAUAGAGAGGACCAGGAGUCACAGACGACCAGGCUUCAACACCUCCCUGGCCAACCUGCUCAUACUGCGGGGGAAGGAUGUGAACAAUGCAGAGAUAAGUGGAUUUCAGCAUCCGAGUCUAUAUACCCCCUGGCUUCCAGCAGAUGAGGCUUUCAGCAUGUGGAAAACCCCAGUCCCCUUUAACAAGUAUGAGAAGUCUGCUAUACUGGUCAGCAAUAGCCAGACUCUGCUGAGGCCUCUGGACAACAUGGUGGGGAAAGCCUGGAACAUGUUUGCCUCCAGGGCCUACAUUCAUCAAUACACAAAGUUCGGGAUCUCAGAGGAGGAUUUCUUGGAUAGCUUCACAUCUCUUGAACAGGUCAUCUCUAGCUACAGUCAACUUUGAUGCUACGGUCUGCUUUGGACCAGUAAGAUACGACAAAAACCAGGAUUCACUCCAACUGCAAAUUUGGACAAUGUACUUUCAGAUUGAGCCAACAUAUGCAGUGUUUAGCGUGAAUGUGGUCUCUGAACAUUGCCUUUUAAACUGCGCAAUCAGAUUGUAUUCCGGCCUAAGCCAAUAAAAAGUUGCAGGGAGCUGAUGCUAUAUUGGCAUGUUAUUGGACGGGAGAUUGAACAUUACACAGGUACUGUUCUCUUGAGUCAAAGAGCAUUAAUGUUGAAAGAAUUACAUGUACAUUUAUGUAAAAUGAAUUUAUACAAAUAAAAUUCCAUUAUUCAAGUA